AUAAUAGCUCACAACAAGGUCAAAAAGUAAUAACGUUUCAAAACAGUCACUAUCAUCUCAGUUGGCUCUUGUCACUCAUUGAAAAAGGUGUUCUGUGCUUUUGUGGUUUUGAUUCUAAAUUAUUAAUCCCAUAUAAAGAUGCCGAUAAAAAUAUACAAAAUGGAUUUGAGUCCACCGGCACGCUCUGUUAUGAUGGCCUGUGAAGUGCACGGCAUUACAGCUGAAAUGAUAGAUGUAAAUCUUAUAGAGCAAGAACAUAAAACACCGCAAUAUUUGAAGAUGAACCCGCUUCAUACCGUACCGGUAUUAGAAGAUGGCGACCUCAUUAUAAGUGACAGCCAUGCUAUAUUGAUGUAUCUGACAGAUGUUUAUGGAAAAGAUGAUUCGCUGUAUCCAAAAGAUAUAAAACAAAGGGCGAUGGUAAAUCAAAAGCUUUUCUUCAGUAAUUCAACCUUAUUCCAUAGAUUACGUAACAUAACGUAUUACGUUUUGAUAGAAGGAAUGAAGAUAGUGCCACAAAGACUUUACGAUGAUAUUGAAGAAGCGUAUGGUUUCCUAGAGGAGUUUCUGUCCCGUAGUAAGUUCUUGGCCGGUGAUCAUAUGACUAUCGCUGAUAUUGCCGCCAUAUCUACAGUGACAUCACUCCUGUACGUUCACCCUCACGACAGUAAAAAGUACCCGAAAACAGUUGCGUGGAUUAAAGAAAUGGAGAAGCAACCUUUCUGUCAGAAAUAUAAUGCACCGGGGAGCGCUCUUUUAGGGAAACUGUUUAAUGAGAAAAUAAAAAGUUAACGUGGAACUUUUAACUUUAUAUUUUUACAAUUUCUUGAUCCUGACGUAUGAUAUGUAUUACUUACUAAUAUUAUAAAAGCAAAAGUAA